AAAAAAUCACUGAUCGCUUUAAUUUGAUCAUCAUCUAAUAAUAUCUUCGGCGUGAAUAUUUCUAGAUUGAGGCAGGCUAUUAAAGUGGUAGAUGGUAGAUAGGUGAUUAUUCGAUAAUGAUGUUUAAUACAGGUAGAUGCUCACAAGAUUUUCAUUUUUCUUACUGCUUCUCUGUGAAAGGACAAUGAUGUACUCUUGUCUUUUGAUGCUGCUCUUUGUCGGAUCUGUUUUUUCAAGAUCUGACUCCAACCUACCUCCAAAUCCUUGUCCAAACGUGUUCAACUAUUAUUACGAUAUAGAUGGGAGUAUUUUUGGAGAAAUCAUCGUACCAAACGAUGGAUCCACUGUUUUUAGGAUGGAAGUGAACGUUUCUUACGUAGGGAUAUUCGACGAACAAUCUAGACCGAAAGUUAAACUGGAUUUGACAACAGCCAAAGAGUAUCUUCUAGAUGCCAGACAGCUGACCUAUAAAAUGACUUUCGAUAAACAGGAUAAAAUACCAAGGGUGACGCAGAUUAGGUUCAACGAUAGGGUUUAUUGUAGGGGCCCUUCUGGACCUUUGACCAGCGAGGGAAUAUCUGAUCUGUGGGUUUUCAAAGAGACAAGAUUACAAACGUUUACGUAUUACCCUGAUGAUCCUAAGCCGAUGAGACCAAUACCAAGGAUGAAGCCAACUAUGCCACCUUUCAUUCCUCCAAGAACCACAACAGCAUAUCCAUGGAUAUCAGCGUAUGAUAAAACCGAGAGCUAUGGACGUCCUGAACGGAUUGUGGAAAAUCCAGGAAACGAUCAAGACUGCGGUGUCCCUUUGAGCUCCAAAACAAUUAAUUUAAUAACAGACGGUAGUAACACCACCCAGAAUGAGUUCCCAUGGUUGGUAGCCCUUUAUCAUUGGAAAGGGCUAAAUUACGAAUUCAGGUGCACCGCUAACUUGGUGGACAAUAUGCACGUUAUAACAGUCGCGAGCUGUUUGAAAUUCUACAAAUCCGACCUGGUCAAGCAGAAUGAUAUACUGUUGGUAUUCGGAAAGUCAAAUUUGAGGCAGUGGGCUGCCAAAUCGGACGCUGUUGUGCGUACGGUCGCAGCGGUGGACGUGAAUCCGGAAUACACCCAGUAUAGCGGUCACGGGGAUAUGGCGCUGCUCACCCUGCAACAGCCUGUACAGUAUUCGGCGUCCAUCAGGCCGAUUUGCCUCUGGAAAGGGAGUCCUGAUGUCCAGGAGGUAAUCAACAGAUAUGGCACGGUGGCAGGUUGGGGAAAAGAUGAGAAUCAAGUGGAGUUUUCGACGAACGCUAAGAAGGUUCAGAUGCCCGUGGUUUCCGAGCAGAUGUGCAUGAUGUCAAAUCCUGAAUUCGCAAAGCUCGUCUCCUAUAAAACAUUCUGCGCUGGUGAAAGGAAUGGAAGAGGACCUUGCACAGGAGACAUAGGUUCCCCAUUUAUGCUGCAAAUGAAUGGUAAAUGGUAUCUCAGGGGUAUGGUAAGCCAAGCAAUCGUUAAUAGAGGGACAUCCCAAUGUAAUUUAAAUGAGUAUAUAGUCUUCUCUGACGUGGCCAAAUAUUCUAGAUGGGUGUCGACAAAGCUGAAUAACAAUACGUAAUAAUUUAA